ACGGCGCGGCGGCAGAGGAGAUGGUCUCCGUAGAAUCUGAAUUUCCUGAACGCAAGCGCACAUCCAGCUGUCGCGGGGGAUGAUGUGAUGAGUAUUGACGGCGGAGGACUGGAAGGUGUGUCGGUCACUGCUGUCGCUCAGCUGUCUCUCCUCCUGUCAGCCACCCCUCACCCCUCUCAGCUCAGUGCGUGUGUUUGUGUGUGUGUGUGUGUGUGUGUGGAGGAGGAAGAAGCUACGAGAGAGAGAGAGAGAGAGAGAGAGAGAGAGAGAGAGAGAGAGAGAAGUUUCCGCGGCUCUUGGCGCACGGUCGCCGAUCGCUCACUUCACACGAUGGCACGUCUGUAUCCGUGCGCAGCGCCGUUGUAUCGGGGGCCCCACCGCUUUCAGGAGAACUGAGAGAUCCAUUAAGUGUCACCAUGGCUGAAUUUGGGGAGAAGAAGAGCGCCGUCGGUCCACCGGUUGCUGGCUGGAAAGCUGCGUCAGGGGGGGCCGGAACGAGCCUCGAGACGCACCGAGGAGAGCCGGUGUCAAACGGAAACUGCAGCGUGUCAGACGCCUCGAAGAGGGUCCAAAGCGAAUCCAGCUGCGAGUCCCCGACGUGGGAGAGCACGGGUUCAGAUUCAGCAUCCAAACCAAUCCCUCGACGCAGCAGUCUUAUCAAGGAUGGGUCACGUGCGGGGCGGGAGAGGAAGAAGACAGUGUCCUUCAGCAGCAGUCUGUCAGAGAAGAAGAUCAGCAGUGCUGCCGACUGCAUCCACUCCAUGGUUGAAGGGAGUGAGCUGAGGAAAAUCCGCCCCAACUCGCGUGUCUACCAGCGCUACUACCUGCUGGACGCAGGCCUCCAGGCUCUGUGCUGGGAGCCAUCCAAGAAAGAGUCAGACAAAGCCCGGAUCUCUCUUGCCUCCAUUCGAGAGGUACGGACAGGUCGUAACACAGAAACCUUCCGCACUAGUGGAGUUUAUGAGCAGAUUUCAGAGGACUGUGCGUUCUCCAUCAUCUAUGGGCAGAUAUAUGAAAACCUGGACCUGGUGGCCAACUCUGCUGAAGUGGCUAACAUUUGGGUGACUGGACUAAGGUAUCUAAUGCAGUAUGGGAAACAUGCCCUGGACAUGCUUGCCAGCAGUCAGGACAGUCUUCGUCUUGGCUGGCUGGAGCAGUUAUUUUCCUCUGCCGCUGAUUCGGACAGACAGGAGGAUGUUGAGGAAGGGAUUCGCUUGCAGUCGGCCAUUAAGUUGAUACAGACCGUGAACCCUGGGGUGAGCAGCGGCAAAGUGGAGCACAGGUUCAAAGAGCUUCAAAGAGUUAGGGAGAGGGUGUGUGGGCUUACCCUAGAUAAUGGAUCUGGUGUUAAAGAUCACAUUGAAACCAAAAGACUAACGGGAAGAAAUGAGCGAGUCACCAAGCAGGAGUUCAUCGAGGUCUUCCAUGAUUUUUGCACGCGUCCGGAGAUCUACUUUCUAUUGGUGCAGUUCUCUAGCAACAAGGAAUUCCUGGACACCAAAGACCUGAUGCGAUUCCUUGAGGCUGAGCAGGGCAUGGCUCAUGUGAGUGAGGAGACCAGCCUGAAGCUCAUCCAGUCCCACGAGCCAUCAUUGGAAGGCCGGCAGCAGGGAUACCUGUCCUUGGAUGGCUUCACCAGCUACCUCACCUCGGCAGAGUGCCACCUCUUUGACAGGGAGCAUGACACCGUGUGCCAGGACAUGUCCCAGCCUCUGUCCCACUACUACAUCAACUCCUCCCACAACACCUACCUCAUCGAGGACCAGUUUAGAGGCCCCUCUGACAUCUCCGGCUAUAUCCGUGCCCUCAAGAUGGGCUGUCGAUGCGUGGAGGUGGAUGUCUGGGACGGCCCUGAUGAGGAGCCAGUGGUGUGCACAGGUCACACCCUUUCCCCACCACUAGCCCUGCGUUGUGUGUUAGAAGCAAUCGGAAGGUUUGCAUUUGUGGCAUCAGAGUAUCCCUUAAUUAUAUGUAUUGAGAACCACUGUUCACUUCGACAGCAGAAAGUGAUGCUGCAACAUCUUGUGGGCAUACUAGGGGAUAGGUUAUACACAAAUCCCCCAGAUGAAGGUGAUCCGUACUUACCUUCGCCGCAUGCCCUAAGGCAUCGAAUCCUUCUAAAGGGUAAGAAGUUGGGGCCAAGUUCUGAUGGGGAGGACGGGGAAGUAAGUGAAGAGGAUGAAGGGGCAGAGAUGUGUCAAAGGAUAAAAGCAGCUAAUAGCGGUGGGGCAGCACCUGGAAGAAGUGAGAAGGACAUGUUGCAGAAAAGCAUCACUUUCACAGCCAUCACUCAGUCUAAUCCUCCUCAUCUUCCUCCCAAACGGUUCCAGCUCUUGAAGGAGCUGUCCGACCUAGUAAAUCUUUGCCACUCGGUGCAAUUCAUUGACUUUCCAACAUCAUCCAAAAGCCAAAAACCUUGGGAACUGUGCUCCUUUCAUGAGUCUCUGGCUGUGCGUCUCGCUGGCGAGAGCCCUGGUGACUUUGUCAAUCAUAACAAGCGUUUCCUGUCACGAGUGUACCCCAGCCCCAUGCGUAUUGACUCAAGCAACAUGAACCCUCAGGACCUGUGGAAGUGCGGCUGCCAAAUUGUGUCGAUGAAUUUUCAGACGGCAGGAUUAAUGAUGGACCUGAACACAGCCUGGUUCCGGCAGAAUGGGAACUGUGGUUAUGUUCUACGGCCAGCCAUCAUGCGACAGGAGGUGUCUUAUUUCAGUGCUGAUACCAGAGACACUGUGCCUGGCGUAUCUCCACAGCUGCUGCAUGUGAAGGUGAUAAGUGGCCAGAACUUGCCCAAGCCAAGAGGUUCUGAGGCCAAAGGGGAUGUGGUGGACCCAUAUGUGUAUGUGGAGAUCCACGGCAUACCAGCUGACUGCACAGAGCGCCGCACCAGGACAGUGACCCAGAACGGGGAUAACCCUAUCUUUGAUGAGAGCUUUGAGUUCCAGAUCAACUUGCCAGAGCUUGCCAUGGUUCGCUUUGUGGUGCUAGAUGAUGACUUCAUAGGGGAUGAGUUUAUAGGUCAGUAUACCAUCUCCUUAGAGUGUCUUCAGCCUGGCUACCGACAUGUACCACUCCAGUGUCUGACAGGAGAGGAACUUCCCCAUGCCAAGCUGUUUGUCCAUGUGGCCCUCACCAAUCGUAGAGGAGGAGGAAAGCCUCACAAACGGGGCCUGUCUGUGCGGAAGGCGCGGAAGGGGAGGGACUACACAGCUCUGAGGGACUUGGGAGUCCGGGCUGUGGAUGAGGUUUUCAAGAUGGCUGCCCCACUGCUGAGAGAAGCCACAGACCUGAGGGAAAACAUGCAGAACUCCAUCGCAGUGUUCAGGGAACUGUGUGGGGUUUCGGCUGUGGCUAACCUCAUGCAGUGCGUGCUGGCUCUGAGCUCCAGAGUGUCAGGACCAGAUGGAACACCUUUGCUGCUGUUUGACCUCCAGGACCACUACCCCACCCUAGAGCCCCAGGGGCCCCUGCCUGAUGUCCUUCGUCGGGUUGUUUCCACAUAUGAAAUGAUGGUCCAGGCGAGCAAAGUGGUUAUGGAGCUCUCUGAUGGAAUCUAUGACAGGAUCCUGCACAUACAGACAACGGCGAUGGAGUUUCAUGAGAAGCUGCAGAGCCUGGCAGCGAAGGAGGGGCUGAAAGGUCGCAAGGUCAGUCGAGCGCUGGAGAGUUUCAGCUGGAACAUCACCAUCCUUAAGGGCCAGGCCGACCUACUGAAGCACGCCAAGGCUGAAGUCCAGGAGAACAUGAAGCAGGUCCAUGAUGCCGCUUUGACCGGCAACCUCACCAAGAAGAGCGUAGGAGUGACGAGAGUCCGCUCCCAAACGCGACGGGGCCAGGAUGACAGACACGCAACCAGCCCUAGAGGACCCUCGGCGUAGCAAGCAAACGACAAGGGGGCCUGACCAAAAUCGCCGUUGUAGCUGCUGUGAUGAACACUCCUCAUGUGAUCAAUUUGUUUCAACGCAUUAGCCUGCCACAGUGGAAAACUUUCAGAAUGUUGUAGGAGUACAAUGACAAGUAUCCUGUUUUUAAAGAAAGAACGGAAGAGUUGAUGAAUGUAGAAGUCUUCAGAAUGGAGCCGCUGUCCACCCACCUGUGGCUGAACACUCGAGAGCUGUAGACUGCUGCAGGGAGAUGGAAGAUAAAUGACAAUGGGGAGUUGAAUGUAGUUUGAUUUUGAAGCCAAGGUUCCACUGUUUGUACUGUAUUCAACUGUAAAUACACGAGAUGUUUAUUAUCCUCUUCUUAUGUGCAAUGUUUUUGAGGUUUGAGGUGUGUCAUGAAGAGGGAGGAAAAAAUAUGUCAUUUUUUUUCUAGCACAGUCUGGGAUGACUCAAACUUAAGCUGAAAAGAUGUUAAAAACCUUUUGAAAAGCUGCCACCUCCACAUGUUGACAGCUUGUAACUUCAUUAAGCUGCUACAGUAUCUAGCAAUACCAAGUAAGAAAGGUCUUUUAACAUCAUAUAUCUCUUGGACCAGUGCAGCCCAUAUAUGUCUCUCUCCAGUUUUUUCCAUUAAAUACUUGUAGGUCCCAGAUCACUGCUUUCCAUCCAGUCACCUUGAGGUCCUUUCCAUUGCCACAAAAUCCUCCACUUCACUCUCUAAAUAUUGUCUUACAUACAGUAUUCUAUAUUUUUGUAUUCUCCUGAAGCCUUUGUGGUAAUUAAACCACUGUUACCCGCCAUAAUGAUCAAACGCCAUAACUUUAAAUGUCUGCCUCUAGGGAACAAAUACUGUUUUGUUGAGAGUGCUUAAUUUGUGUGCAAAACACUGUACAGUAUUUUAUUAUGUAAUUCUAUCCUUUUGCUGUAAAGCACAUUUUACAUAAGUUAUUGAUCCUAAAUGAAAAACAUUCCAGAAACAUGUUAUAGGUGCAGUAGAUGAGGCUCCACAUGUUCAGCUCUGUAGGAGGUUGCAGUACACGAUUAGCUUCCGCAACAGUCGGGAUGGAAAUAAACUAGUUUUCAAAUGA